AUGCACGGUCUCUUGCUUGCCGCUGGGCUUCUCAGCCUGCCCUUCCACGCUGCUGCCCAUCCUCAGCAGCCCGCUACCGGUGUCGCCCGCCGAGGAGUUGACCUCAACGCCUACCGUUUGCCCCUGAAGGCCGACUAUAAAAACACCGAGAAGGUCGAGGCCGAGCCUCCAGCUCUCAACCUGUUUGGCCCUGCAAGCUAUGUAGAGGUUGCCCAAGCGCUUGCUAAGACGACCGUUCCUGGAGCCACUUUCCGUGUCGUUGACGACCAUUAUGUCGGCGACAAUGGUGUUGCCCAUGUUCACUUGCGCCAGACAAUGAACGGUAUUGAUAUUGACAAUGCUGACUUCAACGUUAACGUCAAAGAUGGCAAGGUGUUCUCCUUCGGCAACUCCUUUUACACUGGAAAGGCCCCCAGCCCAUUGGUCAAGCGUGACCGUGCCGAUCCAGUUCAGGCCUUGAAGGAGGCCUGCAAGACCCUCCAAAUUCCAGUCAAGACCGAGAAAGCCACUGCUCAGGCUGUCAAGGGCUCUGAAUCUGUUGUUUUCAAGGGUACCUCUGGAGCUCUGUCUGAGCCAAAGGCUAAACUUGUUUACCUCGUCAAGUCUGAUGGAAACCUCGCUCUGACUUGGAGAGUCGAGACCGACAUUGGCGACAACUGGCUCUUGUCAUAUGUUGAUGCUAAGGAUGGCAAGAAGGUCCACAACGUUGUCGACUAUGUCUCAGAGGCCACUUAUUCCGUCUUCCCAUGGGGUACCAACGAUCCAACUGAGGGUGAGCGCAAGGUCUUCACUGAUCCUUGGGACACGAAGUCCUCCGAGUUCACCUGGAUUGGCGAUGGCCAGACUAAGUAUCAGACCACUCGUGGAAACAAUGGAAUCGCUCAGUCCAACCCUCGAGGUGGCAAUGAGUACCUUAACAACUACCGCCCAAUGAGCCCGGCUCUUAAAUUUGAAUACCCAUACUCCACCUCUAUGACUCCUCCAUCAAGCUAUAUUGAUGCUUCCAUUACCCAGCUCUUCUAUACUUCAAAUGUCUACCAUGAUCUUCUUUAUUCCCUUGGUUUCACUGAGCGUGCUGGUAACUUCCAGUGGAACAACAGCAACAAGGGUGGUCGCGGAAAUGACUAUGUCAUCUUGAAUGCCCAGGAUGGCUCUGGUACAAACAACGCCAACUUUGCUACUCCCCCUGAUGGUCAGCCAGGCCGUAUGCGCAUGUACACCUGGACCACUGCCAACCCCAACCGUGAUGGCAGCAUGGAGGCAGGUAUUGUUAUUCAUGAAUACACUCACGGUCUUUCCACUCGUCUUACUGGUGGGCCCGCCAACUCCAACUGCUUGAAUGCUCUCGAAUCUGGUGGUAUGGGCGAAGGUUGGGGAGACUUCAUGGCUACUGCCAUUCGUCUCAAGGCUCGCGACACCCGCAACACCAACUACGGUAUGGGCGACUGGUCUGCAAACAAACGGGGCGGCAUCCGUGCCUAUGUCUACUCCACCAGCCUGAGCACCAACCCCCUCAACUACCUCUCCGUCAACAGCUUGAGACAAGUCCACGCCAUCGGUACCGUUUGGGCCAGCAUGCUCUACGAAGUCAUGUGGAACUUGAUCGAUAAACACGGAAAGAAUGACAGCCCUGUUCCUCAGUUCCGCAACGGUGUCCCUACUGAUGGCAGAUAUCUUGCUAUGAAGCUCGUUGUUGACGGCAUGGCCAUCCAACCCUGCAACCCCAACUUCGUCCAGGCCCGUGAUGCUAUCUUGGAUGCCGACCGGGCCCUCACCGGCAGCCAGAACAAGUGCGAGAUCUGGAAGGCUUUCGCCAAGCGUCAACUCGGUGUUGGUGCCAGAUACGGUACCACCCGCACUGGCAGCACUGAGGUUCCCGCUGAAUGCAAAUAA